GCUGAUUUGAUACAAAUAUUGGAGUACGGUUCAUGCGCUGUCAAACCAAGUUCACAAGUCAUGUUUUGAAACUUUUGAUAGCGCUGGAAAGCUCGCUUCUUCGUGGACUGACUUGUGUUUGAUGUUAUCUGUGCGAAGGAACCGUGUCAAAUCGCAGCAUGUCCGAGAAUCUUGAUUAGCCUUCAAUAAGAUCCUAUCAGAAGAAUCUCUAGCCGAAAAUGACUAGGCGGACUCUUGGCUACCGCAUAAAUAGUAUAUGAUCGAUGAGAAGUGUUGGGCUCGCCACAUUCGGCCCACAUAGACGAUGGACUCCAACCAACUUCAAGAGAAUCCUGAUAUACCGCUUACGCAAAUUUGUAACGAUGAUAUUGUCCACCAGAGUCCUUCAAAUUCCGAUGCUGGCAUUACUCACGAAGGAGUAUAUGCAUGGAUAUGUCUGCUUUGCUCAUUCAUUGUGAACUUCUUGGCUCUGGGCAUUGAAAGUACCUGGGGCGUUUAUCAAGACUACUACUUCAAUACGGCGGAACUUGGUCACGUUUCGAACUCGAACCUCGCGUGGGUGGGAGCUAUUCAAGCGGUCGGUGUGUCGGUUUUGGGAUUUCCGGCAGGCAAGCUCGCCGAGAGGAUUGGCUAUCGGAUGACUGGAAUCAUUGGUUGUACAUUGAUGGCCAUCGGUCUUCUGGGUGCCUCGUUCUCGAGCAAGGUCUGGCAUUUGUACCUCAAUCAAGGGAUAGUCUUCGCUAUCGGGAGUGCCUUUGCCGUCAUCCCGGCCCUCACUAUACCCUCGCAGUGGUUUGUCAAAUAUCGAGGAUUCGCGACGGGAGUCGGUGUUAGUGGGUACGGGAUUGGCGGACUGGUUCUUAGUCCAGUAACUGAAAAGCUCAUCGGUGAACUGGGGAUCCGAUGGACUCUACGCAUCAUGGCUUUGCUUACCUUCGCCGUGGCUGGAGCCGCAUUCAUCUUCAUGAAAUCCAAGAGCAUACCAGUUAAAAGAAAUGAUUCUAUUGCGAUUUCGCACCUUCUGAAAGACCCCGUCAUAUAUGCCCUCUGGGUAUUCAUGCUUCUGUCCGCCUUCGGUUAUUAUAUCCCAACUUUUUACACACCAGAAUAUGUUAGGAAUAGGCUCCAACGUACUGCGCAAGACGGUGCUAUCGCUCUCGCCCUUCAGGCUGGUCUUUCCGCUGUUGGUCGCGUGCUUACCGGUUUAAUGGGUGACUACGUUGGACACCUGACGGCAUUGUCCAUAUGCCAACUUAUAGCCGGAAUUGCGCAAAUGGCGGUAUGGCCAUUUUGCAGGAGCCUUCCGAACGUUAUGGCGUUUUCCGCCGUGUACGGAUUUUUCUCUGGCGGAAUCGUUAGCUUACCUCCAGUUGUCUUGGCAGAGAUAUACGGCACUCAGCAGCUUGCGAGCAUUACCGGCUUGAUACUGUCCGGCAACAUUCCUGGAACAAUCGUGGGGCCAUCUAUUGCUGGGGCAAUUAUUGACUCGAAUACGUCUUCUAACAGAGAAAUCAAUUUCUUACCUGUACAACUGUAUGGUGGAAGUUGGUUCAUAGGAGGGUGUCUCGCGACACUCCUUGUCUCGCUGCUUCAUAGAAUCUCCAGGAAACGCUCUGUCGGAGCUGUACGGGAAGGCGAGAGCGUGAACGGGGCUCAUGCUGAGGACGAGAAGCAGCGAUCGAGAGGUGAUAGAUGUUAGAAUAUGUUUUUUGAAAGAACCUUUAAGUCCUGUCUGUUCUCCGCGGCAACUCCGCGGAAGAUAAUUUAGUUAUAGAACCACCUUUCCCCAAACUUGUAGCUACCUGUUGGGAUUUGGCAAUCCGGCAUCAUGCCGAGUUUGCUUAUUAAGGUAGAAGUCUUAGGAAAAGCGUGGAAAGUUCUAGUAAAAGU